CAGGCAUGGUGACCGGAAGCGGAAAGCUCGCGCGCGCCUGGCUGGUCUCUCUGUGAGUGGCAGCCAUGCGCGGCCUGCAGGAGCGCGGGCCCGGCCCCGCAGCGACCCCGUGCGGGUGCGUGAAGCCGGCUCUGGAGACAGGCAAUCUUUUAACUGAGCCAAUUGGCUACUUGGAAUCCUGUUUCUCAGCCAAGAAUGGUACUCCAAGGCAGCCGUCCAUUUGUAGUCAUUCGCGGGCUUGUUUGAGGAUUAGAAAGAGCAUCUUUAAUAAUCCUGAACAUUCCUUGAUGGGUUUAGACCAGUUUUCUCACGUCUGGAUUUUGUUUGUUUUUCACAAAAAUGGUCAUUUGAGCUGUAAGGCAAAAGUGCAGCCUCCCAGGCUGAAUGGUGCGAAGACUGGCGUCUUCUCCACGAGGAGCCCGCAUCGUCCCAACGCCAUAGGCCUGACCCUGGCCAAACUGGAAAAGGUAGAAGGUGGAGCUGUCUACCUUUCUGGAAUUGACAUGAUUCAUGGCACACCCGUACUAGACAUAAAGCCCUACAUAGCUGAUUAUGACUCGCCACAAAAUUUGAUUGAGCCUUUAGGGGACUUUAACCUACAGAAUAACCAACCUAAAACAAAAACCGUGUCCCCAUCUGAUGGCAAGAGUGACAGCUGUGAGCAGCAACAGCUCUCAGGAUACGGUAAACCAUCACCCUACAGAUGCACUGAGGAGAAACCUGAGUAUUCUGAAGACGGAGCUUCAGGAGACAACGACGUGAAGCAUGACAGGGCAGAAAUCCAGCAAAGCUUGCCUGAGCACAGGGAGAGAGCGGCGGGCUUGGGUUCAGAACCGAGAAGUGGUCAGAGUCCGAGUGUGGCAGAAGAGCAGGUGGGCCCACCUCGCCUGGAGCAGAGCCCUUCAGAGGAAGGUGCAGAUGAGAGGCUGAGGGCAGGGGAAGCAGCAGUGGUCCCACCAGGACACAGCGCGAGGAGGCGGCCGGCAGCUCCUCCCCACCCUUCCAGGACGGCGGCUGCAGCCCACGGCACUGUGGUUCCCGCCUGGGUGAGGGAGGCCCCCGCGGCCCCCUUGGAAGUCCGGUUCACUCCUCACGCGGAGACGGACCUCGGGCACCUCAGUUCAGAAGAUGUCAGUCAGGCUUCAUUUAAAUAUUUUCAAUCAGCAGAGGAAGCAAGGCGUGCCAUCGAGGCUGUGUUGUCCGCUGACCCUCGGUCUGUAUAUCGACGGAAGCUCUGCCAGGACCGCCUUUUCUACUUUACUGUAGACACAGUGCAUGUCACUUGCUGGUUUGGUGAUGGCUUUGCAGAGGUUCUAAGGAUCAAGCCGGCUUCUGCACCUGUUCAGCUGACUGACCCUGCAGAGUCCCUCUUGUCUCUGGGCUGUAAGUAGCCUCCAUCAUGUCUUGCAGACUGCGUUGGUGACUGUGGAGGUGGCCGUUGGAUUCCUGUGGGAGCUAAUGAUGGGCCUUCUUUACAAAAAGAAGCAACGGUUUGUGAUCUCACUGCCCUGAUUGAUUUGGGUUGUUCAAAAUAUUUAUUUGUAAAAUAGGCAUUUUAAUAAACUGAGAGAGACAAAA